CACAGAGGUUGGUUUGUUGAAUAAAGCUGUGCAUUGCAGCUCCUGGAGAACUGAAAUAAAGACAGAAUGCUGGAGAAGCUUAGCAGUUGCCACAGAUAUUGCCCAUCCACAGUUACUCAAGGAAAUGACGAUGUUUGACCUUCUUGAGUCACUGCAGUCCGUGUGGUGGAGGUACUGCUGUGGGGAUUUUAAACAGGGAAAAUUUGUGGUCAGCUAAUGUCAACUGAACAUCAGGAUAUUUCAGAGUCACUCAGAUUCUCAUAACUUUAAAUGAUAUUGAACUUUGAACAUGGAAGAAAAUAGCUCUGUUCACCAAUGCAGUCAUACUGAGGAUCAACUGUUCAAGUAUGGUGUUGGCAGGGAGGGAUUCAGUUACCAAUCUGAGCUGGACACUCAUCACUACACUCACAGAGAGCAGAGACCAUUAACCUGCUCGAUAUGUGGGAAAGGAUUCACUCAGUCAUCCAGUCUGCUGACACACCAGCGGGUUCACACUGGAGAGAGACCGUUCAAAUGUACAGACUGCGAAAAAUGUUACAAACGCUCUGGGGACCUGAUGUUUCAUCAACGCGUUCACACCAAUGAGAGACCCUUCAGGUGCUCUUACUGUGGGACUGGGUUCAGGCAAUCAUCUCAGCUCACCGUGCAUCAGCGAAUUCACACUGGGGAAAGGCCAUUCAUCUGCUCCAUGUGUGGGAAGGGAUUCACUCAGUUAUCCCACGUGCUAAGACAUGAGCGAGUUCACACUGGGGAAAGACCUUAUAAAUGCCCAGACUGUGAGAAGUGCUAUAAAAGUUCUGGGGAGCUGAUGUCCCAUCAACGUGUUCACACUGACGAGAGACCCUUCAGGUGUUCUCACUGCGGGACUGGGUUCUGGCUGUCAUUUGACCUGACUAAACACCAGCGCAUUCACACCGGAGAGAGGCCAUUCAUCUGCUCAGAGUGCGGAAAGGGAUUCAGUCAGUCAUCUCAGCUGUUCACCCACCAACGGGUUCACUCCAGGGAGCGACCCUUCACCUGCUCAGAGUGUGGAAAGAGAUUCAGUCAGUCAUCUGACUUGCUGACUCACCAGCGGGUUCACACUGGGGAGAAACCAUUCAGUUGUUUCGAAUGUGGGAAGAGAUUCACUACGUCAUCGCACCUGCUGAGUCACAGACGAGUUCACAAGAAGCUGCAGUGAUGGGACUUUGCUGAUGUUCGAAUGAACUGUGUACACCUGGAUCUGUUUCUGCUGAUGUUAAUAAACUCCAGUGCAGUUAUCGGUGUUAGAAUUCUCCGCAGAAGUCAAAUAAAGUAC